AUGGAUACCACUGCUCCCCUGAAGCGGUCUCCGGAUGCCGCUGGUCUGGAGUCGCCCCGACAAAACAAGACACGAUCUGCUCCUAAAAUCUCCAAAGCUCGUGCCUGCGCCGAAUGCAAGCGCCACAAGAUUCGCUGCGAGUUUCGACCAGGGGAGUCAACGUGUACAAAAUGUAUUCGCAGUGGCAUCAAAUGCGUCGUGAACGACUUUUCGCAGAAAUUCGUCGAUGAUGAUGGGAUAUGGAAAUCUCAAGCGAAUGCGACGAUAACCCAGCUGCAGGCGGCUGUGUCACAUCUAUUACGACAAGCAGGGCUUCCUGAGCUCUCAACAUAUGCUCCCGGGAACACUUUGAAUGGCCCUAGUCUUGUCGCGUCAUAUCAUGACCACCGAGCCUCAAUCGAUCGGGCGCAGACACAAAGCACUCAUCAAGAGGGCCCAGGAGUUGUGAUGGAUGUCACCCGGGAGCCGUCGCCCGACCAGGAUCUCCAAGAUCCAGAACUGGUCCCUGCCCCUAUGCGCAGUCUAUAUGAGGUCACUAAAUUACGGAACCUCAGGAACAACCAUACCGAGGCUCCCAAACAGACAUUGCUAGAAGAAGAUUUUAUCUCGCGAGGUUUGAUCCCGCUCCAAGAAGCGGAGGAAUUAUUCGCAUACUUCAGUCGUACCAUGAACCAGCUACUGUGGGGUGGAAUAAUUCUUGUACACCGCGAUCUAACAUCUGUCCGUCGCGCAUCGACGAUACUCUCUGCUGCCGUUCUGACUGUCGCAGCGCUCCAUAUCCCCAAUCGCACCGAAACAUUGAACCGGUGCUACAACGAGUAUGUAUCUCUCGUGUCUAACAUGGCCCUCACGCGGGCUCACACUCUUGACGACAUCCGGGGCCUCUGUGUCGGAGCAUUCUGGCUCUCAGAGUUGAGCUGGAAAUUGUCCGGACAUGCCGUGCGAAUCGCGACCGAGAUGGGCCUCCAUCAAAGCUACCAGCGCUUGAUUCGUGGACACACCGAUCAGUAUAAACGGGCCCAACUCUGGUAUUUGCUCUAUGUGUGCGACCAUCACUUCAGUAUUGCUUAUGGACGGCCACCUGUCAUCCACGAGGAUGUGGCAAUCCGCAACUAUGAGACAUUUCUCGCGUUGUCAAUGGUCGUUCCGGGCGACAUUCGACUUUUAGCCCAAGUCGCCCUAUUUAUGAUUUUGACCGAGGCAUACCGCAUGUUCAGUAGCGACACUGAACAGGCAUUGACCGAAGAGGACUUCGGACAAUUACGCGUGUUUAAUGUCGCAAUAGACCAAUGGCGACUUCUCUGGCAACCUCGGUCUGCCGAUAGUGCCUAUGUGCGAACGUACCCAUCUAAAGGAGUGGUUCUGCACUAUCACUUUGCAAAGUUCCAGCUGAACUCGCUUUCCCUUCGUGCGCUUUCUCCAACUAACGCGCCCGUUUUCUCCAUGGACCGCAAAGAAUCGGCCAACAUCGCAAUUUCCUCAGCGAUGGCAUGUCUUAACAUGGUCCUUGAGGAGCCCGAUGUUCGGGAUGCGAUCGUCGGAGUUCCUAUCUUCACCCACACUAUGGUUACAUUCUCCGCUGUCUUCCUCCUCAAGGUGGCCAUCAACUGGAACACGGCCUAUCUGAGCAUCAACGCACGCCAAGUACGACGGCUAGUCGAACGUGUAAUCGAAUUGAUGAACUGUGUCUCUGCAGGCGAUCGACAUCUCACUAGACACAUCGCACGUGGAUUAGGCAAGAUGCUUGAGCGCUUUGACUCAUGGGAGGCUGCUUGGCAAUUCCGAGGGAGCACCGAAAACACAGUUGAAGGCCGUGAGGUCCCUGGGGGAGCCAAUGCCAUGGCACAGGGAUUCCCUCCGCCAGAUCUGAUUUAUGGCAUGGUCGGCACAUAUGGAUUUGGUCUUGAUGAAAACCUGCUAGAUCCAAGUAUGGCUGAUUUUGACUUCCUGUCGCAGUGA